CAAGGCGGCGGUGGCGGCGGUCGGGGCGCAGCGCCAUGAACCGGCUGGGGCUUUUGGGACUGCUCUGCGCGGCGCUGCUGGACUGCGGGGAACGUGGUGAUGCCUUAACGUGCUUUGAUAAGCAGUAUAUGUACAAGGGCAGAUGCUGCAACCGGUGUCAGCCAGGGGAAAAGCUGGUCUCUGAGUGCAGUACAACAGAAGACUCUGUCUGUGCCCGCUGUGAGAGUGGGCACUAUCAGCCAAGCUGGACCAAGGAGAAGCACUGUGCUCCUCAUGAUAUCUGUGAAGACAAUGCUGGCCUCAUUGUGAAGGUGCAAGGAAAUGCAACACACAACACGGUGUGCCAGUGCCAGGCUGGCAUGCACUGCUCUGACAUCAGCUGCCAGACCUGUGUGGAGAAUCAGCCUUGCCAGCUUGGCUUUGGCUUUGUGGCAGCCAAGGCCAUGGACGGGAUGUCAUCCCCCUGUGAACCCUGUACAGAAGGCACCUUCUCCAACGUCUCUUCUAAAACCGAGCCGUGCCACCCCUGGACAAGUUGCGAGGAAAAGGGGCUGGUGGUGAAGGUGAAAGGGACGAACUCCUCGGAUGUGAUCUGCGAGUCGAGCAGGCGCUCCUCGCUGUCAGUGCUGAUCCCCAUCACAGCUGCAGUUGUCACGUGCCUCAUGGGUGUCUGCAUCUACUGCCUGGUCCACACAGAUUCCAGGCGACGUGUGCCGAAAGAGAUAGAGGCUGGGGAGCCCGGAGAGAACCCAGAUACCCAGCAGCCCACGGAGCAGGAUGAGAAUGUCUUGCCUGUGCAGGAGACCCUAUUCAGGGGCCAGCCUGUGGCCCAGGAGGAUGGCAAGGAGAGCCGCAUCUCGGAGCAGGAGAUGCUGUGAAGGCGCAGGGCACUGCCUCUGACAAGAGCACAGACUGGGGACAGCAUCAUCUCCUCUGCCCCCUCUCCAGCUGGGGAGGAAAUCUGGCAUCUGGCCUGUCUGCAAAUGAUGUGAUGCUGCAGUGGACCAUGGCAUGACCACCCUACGGGAAUACCACCACAACUCCUGGUCUGGUCGCCUGCGCUGGGCUGCCCUUGUGGAGCAAGGCUUGGCUGCCUGCAUGGGGACAUGGAACAGACCCCAUCCGGCUUCCUGUGCAGGUGAUGCAAUGAAGCCCAGCGUGGCUGCUCGCCUGCUGAGCCCCUGCAGAUCCCAGUGCAGCCCCUGGCCACAGCAGAGUGUCACUGCUGACAGAAGACCCCACAGAGCCGUCUCCCUGAGUGCUGGAGAAGCCAGGGCUGGGAAAGGGGGCUGCUAGUGUGAAGUCACCACGGCAGAGCUCAUUCCCCCGUCUGGGGCGCUGUGGAAGUGCUGGAGCAGGGCCCGGCUGGUAGCCGGACAGGGCAUCCCGGCCCGGCCUCGGUCCCUCCGUGCCGCCCGGCGCUGCCGGGCUCCGUGGGACCAACAAAGGCAGGACCAGGGGCCCACGGCUGUGUUCCGGGCCGGGAUGGCGGCGGCGGCGGGGCCGGAGCGCAGCCAGCGGUGUAC